GGGCUGGUCAGGUGCUCUGGGCCGAGGUGGCGUGCAGGUGAGUGGUUGCGGGUUCAAGGGGCGCCCUUGGCUUCCGCCGCCUCCCCAUUAUUGCCUGGGGUCAGCCGGAGGGAGACCCUCCAGGCGCUCCUUCCAUUGCCCCCAAGCCAACGCGAACUGACCGGAUCACUGCGAGGAUUAUCUUACACUGAACUGAUCAAGUACUUUGAAAAUGACUUCAAAACUUCUCCGGGUAUCCUUCAUCCUUGCUGCGUUAACACUUUCAAUGACAUUUUCUCUCCAGCCAGACCAGCAAAAGGUUCUACUAGUUUCAUUUGAUGGAUUCCGUUGGGAUUACUUGUAUAGAGUUCCAACACCCCAUUUUCAUUAUGUUAUGAAAUAUGGUGUUCAUGUGAAGCAGGUCACUAAUAUUUUUAUUACAAAGACCUACCCUAACCAUUAUACUUUGGUGACUGGCCUCUUUGCAGAGAAUCAUGGGAUUGUUGCAAAUGACAUGUUUGAUCCUAUUCUGAACAAAUCUUUCUCCUUGGAUAACAUGAAUAUUUAUGAUUCUGAGUUUUGGGAAGAAGCAACACCAAUAUGGAUCACAAAUCAGAGGGCAGGAUACUCUAGUGGGGCAGCCAUGUGGCCCGGAGCAGAUGUAAAAAUACAUGAGAGCUUUCCUACUCACUACAUGCCUUACAAUGAGUCCGUUUCGUUUGAAGAUAGAGUUGCCAAAAUUAUUGAAUGGUUUACGUCAGAAGAGCCCAUAAAUCUUGGUCUUCUCUACUGGGAAGACCCUGAUGACAUGGGCCACCGUUUGGGACCUGAUAGUCCGCUCAUGGGGCAUGUCAUUUCAGAUAUUGACAACAAGUUAGGAUAUCUCAUACAAAUGCUGAAAAAGGCAAAGUUGUGGAACAGUCUGAACCUAAUCAUCACAAGUGACCAUGGGAUGACCCAGUGUUCUGAGGAAAGGAUAAUAGAACUUGACCAGUAUCUGGAUAAAGACCACUAUAUCCUGAUUGACCAGUCUCCGGUAGCAGCCAUCUUGCCAAAAGAAGGUAAAUUUGAUGAAGUCUAUGAAGCACUUGCUCAGGCUCAUCCUAAUCUAACUGUUUACAAAAAAGAAGAGAUUCCAGAAAGAUGGCAUUACAAAUACAACAAUCGAAUUCAACCAAUUAUAGCAGUGGCUGAUGAAGGGUGGUAUAUUUUACAGAAUAAGUCGGAUGACUUUAUGUUAGGCAACCACGGUUAUGAUAAUGCAUUAGCGGAAAUGCAUCCAAUGUUUUUAGCCCACGGUCCUGCCUUCAGAAAGAAUUUCACAAAGGAAGCCAUGAACUCCACAGAUCUGUACCCCCUGCUCUGCUACCUCCUCAAUAUCACUGCUGUGCCACACAAUGGAUCAUUCAGGAAUGUCGAGGAUCUGCUCAGUUCAACGGCUGCAAGGGCUAUUCCUUAUACACAGAGUACUACACUCAUUCAUGGUAGUGUCAAACCAAGAGGAUACGAGCAAGAGGAGUCAUAUGCUUAUUUCAUAGGGGUCUCUCUUGGUAGCAUUAUAGUUAUUGUAUUCUUUGUAAUUUUCAGUAAACAUUUAAUUCACAGUCAAAUACCUGCCUUACCAGAUAUGCAGGCUGAAAUAUCUCAACCAUUAUUACAAGCCUAAUGCUAUUUUUAAGUGGAGAUUGCAUAAUUGUGUCAGUGUUUAACGGUUUCAAAUUCUGGGAAACCAGUUUCAGAUAUUUGCAUAGACCGUUAAGCAGUUGUAUACAUAUACAGGCACAGUCGCACACACACCCACACCAAAAUACAUAGACCUGCAAAGGAUUAAGGAUGUGGAGGUAUGUUUCCACUGUUCUCUGCAGCUUAGGGGUACAUAAGAUCCUGCUUUAUUUGGACUUGACACAUAUCAUGUAUAUAUUUAGCAACUUUGCACUAUUUAAAGUACCUUAUACAUUGCACUUUAAAUUACUCUCCUAAUGGGGACUUUUAUGUGAAAUGCGCUUUAUUGACAAUUAUGUCUUAAAACUUUGUUGAAAAAGACAACCUUUUGUGCCCAUGUCACAGAAUACGUGUUAUUCAUUGUUCAAACCGAAUGAAAUUUUUAAUAAUUCCUAAAUAAUGUAGAAAUCUAUCUCCUUAAAUUGGGAGAGCAAGAAGAAAGUGAAAAUUGUUGAAAAUUAAAUGUGACAACUUUUGUACGUUGAAUUUUGGAGAGAUACAUUCCUAACAGCAGGAUGCAUCUGUGGGCAUUCCUUGUCAUAUUUCUUUCCAAAGGACAUGGAUUUUCAUUUUAUUUUCCCCAAAAAAAGUGAUUCAAAUACUGACAGAUUCAUUCUAAACAUAUUGUUCUGUCAUAAAAUUCAUUAUUAUUUCCUGAUUAGUCAUUUUACUCUGAUUUUCAUGAUAAUGAAGACACCAUGAAUACACAUUUCUUUUCUAUGUAGUCCAUGACCUGAAUAGAAGAGACUGGGCACCAUCUCAGCAAUGUUUUCUCCUGUUCUGUAAUUAUUUGCUUCUUUGAAAACUAAAUCAUUAUUAAUCAUAUUAAAAAUCAGAUUAGAUA